AUGUACUACUAUGGCGUAGCAAGCAGCGCUAAGACCUCACACCAGGGAAGUCUUAUUCAAAGCUUCUUGUGUCGUCACCUUGAUUACUGGUGCGACACUGAUCCACUACUCCGCAGCUCGCAACCGGUAGCCUGCGGCGCUCAAAGUCUGACACUCGACUUGGACCCGCAGCCCGCACCCUGCCGCGCCCGAUUCAUUGAAUCAGACUUCGUAUUACAUCAAAUAUCGCCGAAUUCUUCUAUACAUUCGUUCGCCCACCAAAAGCUCCGUGUCUUCGAUAAAUCUACUGCAUUCACCUACACGUCAUACUCGACGCCCUGGCUGUGCGUUGCACUCUGUCAACUCUUCUGUCAACAUACAUUCGUCAUCGCAGCUUCGAGCAGUAGACUGACCACUGUCGUGAUGGCCGAGGAACAUUCAGCACCCCCCGACGAGACGAACACAGAGGCAGAAGGACCUAAGGAAUGGAACAUGAAUGACUUGCUGGCAGGGUUGAACUUCGAAUGGCUGAAAUGGUACUCACCCUCAGCCGAACAGUACCCAGGGGAGAUGUGGCUCAUUGAAGGUACCUAUCGACCUCAUGGAGAUCUAUCGAACGAGGAGCCUCCCUUGUUUUGUCGCUGGAAUUCGCGUCGGUCUAACGUACUAGGAUGGCGAGGGUGAGGCGCAGCAUCCGAAGAAAGAUGACGACUGGUAGGAUAACGGCCUCUCGAGUUCGUCUACCCGUUUCACGAGCUCCGCAUAUCAAAACAGUCUAGACUUCGCGCACGAAUGAGUGUCGUUGGCCGGGUGCUAUUCAAGAGCCGGAACCCUGACUUGAACGUGCCGUGGCCAGCAGACAUAGCGCUCGCAAAGCUCAAAGUGUACAAGCGCGAAUGAGGAUACAGGAUCCAGGAAAAAAGAGUGGUUGCAUCGGUCUUGGGUACCCACACACUAUGUCCUUUCUGUUGCGGCAGACGUAGCCGCUGUAUAGUCGAUGGAAACUGCGCUGAGUUGCUUGCUAGCUAGGAGGCGACCAUAUAUACAUGCCCUGAGACGUGC